AUACAAUCCAGCUGUAGCGCUGUUCUCCAGUCCGGAUGUCAGCUUUGCAAAGUUUGCCCCCGGGUUGCUACGCUAGUUCCUUUCUAACUGCAAAAGACCCGGAAGAAGUGAGGGGAAAGAUAAUCGGAGACUGCUUCCUGCUGCAUCCGAAGCCUGUAAUACCCGAGGAGGAAUUAGGAGUGGGAGAGAGUAGAAUGGCAGCCCCUGGCUUCUGUGGACCCUCCUCCUGCGACUGCUUUGUCUCUCUUUCCCCGGCCUCUGCCGCCAGAGAGAUCAUCUUUGGCAAGAAUUCAGACCGGCCAAGGGAUGAAGUCCAGGAGGUAGUCUAUUUCCCAGCUGGAUGCCAUGCCAAGGGGACAAAGGUCCAGUGCACUUAUAUUGAAGUGGACCAGGUAGAGAAGACACAUGCAGUCAUUUUCAGUCGACCAGCCUGGCUGUGGGGAGCUGAGAUGGGGGCUAAUGAAUAUGGUGUCUGCAUUGGCAAUGAAGGGGUAUGGACCAAGGAGCCAGUUGGGGAGGAGGAAGCCUUGCUUGGCAUGGAUCUGGUCAGGCUGGGUUUGGAGAGAAGCAGCAGUGCCCAGGAAGCUGUCCAGGUUAUAACGGCACUUCUGGAACGCUAUGGCCAGGGCGGCAGCUGUAAGGAGGAGUCAACCCCUUUCAUUUACCAUAACACCUUCCUCCUUGCGGAUCGCACUGAAGCUUGGGUCGUAGAAACAGCUGGGCGGUUCUGGGCAGCUCAGAGGAUUCAAGAAGGUGCUCGGAAUAUUUCCAACCAGUUGAGCAUUGGCACCAACAUUACUGCUGAACAUACAGGCCUAAGGGAUCAUGCCCAAAAGCAAGGAUGGUGGAGUGGCAAAGGGGAGUUCAACUUCACAGAGGUGUUCUCGCUCACCCACCAGCCUGUCCGCAUGGAGGCAGCCAAAGCUCGCUAUUGUGUUGGCCAGCAGCUGCUGCGCCAACAUUCAGGGCAGAUCACUGCAGAGACCAUUAUGACCAUCUUAAGUGAUAAGGCCAGUGGGAUCUGUGUUGAUUCUGAAGGUUUCUGCACCACAGGAAGCAUGGUGUCUAUUCUUCCGCAGGAUCCUCACUUGCCUUGCAUCCACUUCUUCACAGCCACGCCAGACCCAUCCAGGUCUAUCUUCAAACCCUUUAUCUUUGUUCCCAACGUCACUUCAUUUCCUCAGGUGCAGUCGCCAAGCUUUAGAGACAAAGACCCCAUCAGAGAAACCCCCCGCUUUCAGAGCCGGGUUGACAGACGGCAUGACCUCUACAGGCAGCAUCAGUUAGUCCUGGAAGUCAUGGAUCAUAAUGAGCAUGAGCGCCAGAGACUCCAGGAGACUAUGCAGAAACUUCAGCGGCAGGCCCUGGAGGCUAUGAAAAACUUGUUGGCGGGCUCCUUCACUCUGAAACUCCAGGAGUUGGCAGACCUCUUCUAUAAUUCUGUGGACACAGAACUCAAAUUAUAUAAAUGAUGAAUGCCAUGGCAGUUCUGAGAACAUCAAAGGAUCAAGGAGAACCUCUUGCUGUCUUCAAGUCCUGCAGCUGUAGUCCUGACUUCCAAGCUCCAUAUCAUCAACCUUCCUGCUGUUCUCUGUUGCUGAGAUGAUUUAAAAUGGAGCUGCCUGAAGAACAAAGAUCCCAUCCCAAGCCUUUCAGAGUUGAUGAUGCAAAUCUAUGAUAACCCCCACACCUUCGUAGACUGGCCCCUACAUACAGCACGCAUGUGCAGCUUGCCAGAUUGAGGAAACUGGAGGUGAUGCAGUCUCUCUUUAAAGGGCAUAUGUGAAGAUUCAGACCCGUGUAACUAUUUUACCUUCUAACCAAGUUUUAGAGAGCUCUAACCAUCUCCCACAACAGAAUUCUGCGCAGCCUUGUUAACUGUUUUCUUUCCAGGUUCCUUUUGAAAUGGCUGUUGCAGUCAAACCAGUUUUCAUCUAGUCAAUAUCUGUAGGGCAAAAUUCCAACAGGCACAGGAAGCCUCCCUGCAUUUCAUUAGAGGGUCAAACCGCAUUGGCCUGAGUAAACUUGCAAUUGGACUUGCCAUCCGUGCCCUUUUCUCAGAGGAAAUACUGCCUACAAGUUUCAGCAGAGGCCAUCUGGAUGCCUGUUUCUGACUGGCAAGCUUCCUUGCCCUGCCCACACAUGCACACUCUUCCUUGUAUGAUUAAAAAAAUAGAUGGAGAACAACCCAUCUGCCUGUUAGAUUCAAAGAAGUGUUAUAUUUGUUUGACGGAAUAAAACAUUUAAAUAAAAAUAAUGCAAUAAUCA